AUGAGAUCGCUGGACGCUGCACCUUUAAGGGAGAACUCAGAUACUAUAGUUGACUUAAGUGGCUUCGAUAGUGUUGUGCAAAGUUUCAGCUGCAAGUCCGGAGUAUCAACGAAGCUCAAUAGAAAUGACAAAAAGUUUUUGGCUCUUCGAUAUAAUAAACCCUCAACUUUACCUGUACCAAGUACAGUCUUCUUGAUUCCUACUGCCAUUACAUUCAACAAACCCACUAUUGAAAAACAAGACCUGACUAUUGGUACAUGCAUUUAUUUAACCAAAGAUGCAUCCAUAGAACCAGGCUUCACUUGCUUUGCAAUCUCUGCACAAUAA